AUGGGCUCUCGCUUAGAUGCAACCUCUAGCGCAGUGCGCAAACGGAUCCAAAGCCAUAGCUUCGACGAUGAAGAAGGCGAAGAGUAUGGUGCCUCCACCUUUGGCGGAUUUGGCGAUUAUAUGCGCCGCAAAAAAGCCAAGCUCCAAAACCUCGACAAUGAUAUCCGAUCGUCCGCCGCUGCAGACAACUGCCCCCAGAUCUUCCAGUCCGUUGUCGCAUGUGUGAACGGCUAUACUCAGCCAUCACUUCAAGAUCUUCACAAGCUCGUUGUACGUCAUGGCGGUGGCUUCCUCCAAUACCUCGAUGGCAAGACCUCCGCCACCCAUAUCAUCGCGAGCUCGCUCACACCAAAGAAGAGGGAAGAGUUUCGGCGGUACCGCGUUGUCAAACCGGCCUGGAUUGUUGAUAGCGUAAACGCUGGCCGAUUACUUCCUUGGGAUUUAUAUAGGGUUGUGGAUGAAGGGCAAGCACAAAAGAUUCUCAACUUUGACGGCCGCCGGAUGGUUAGCCAAACGAACAGCCCGAGGCGAGCUACUUACAAAGAGGAGAGCGGAUCGGGAUGGUAUCCUGGGCAGUUUGAAACAGCCAGUUCAGAAAGUCGGGGUGAUACCUUGAUUAAUAACGACUUGAACGGCACGUCUCAGUCAGAUUACGGGGAUUUUCCGAGCUUUACCUCCCUAGGUGAAACUGCUCAAGACCCUACCUCCCGCGAGCAAUCGCCGCCAGACGUACCAGGAAAUGAUUUGGCAGAGGCGCUUGUUAUUCCUAAUGCCAUCGUGGAGGAUACUACAUCGAAAGAUACAUCAACUGUAGUAGACAGGAUCUCGUCGCCACAACCUAAUGUCGUACCUUCAAAGGCAGAAAUGACCUCGGAGGAAUACAAUGCCCAACUCUUAUCAGAUCCACGUAUGAGAAAUUCCAGCGUGGUAAAUCCGGAGUUCCUUCAGCAAUACUAUAAAGAAUCUAGGUUACAUCAUCUCUCAACGUGGAAGGCCGAGUUGAAAGCACAGCUUCAGUCACAGGCGCAAGAGAAGUCACACUCUCAACUUGCGCGGAGGAAACUCGUUCCAGGUGCCAGACGAUACAUCAUGCAUGUUGAUUUUGACUGCUUUUUUGCGGCCGUUUCCACCUUGAAACACCCAGAACUUGAAGGAAAGCCCGUUGCCAUUGCUCACGGCACUGGCACCGGAUCUGAAAUAGCCAGUUGCAAUUACACUGCUCGCGCUUCUGGCGUUAAGAACGGAAUGUGGAUGAAGGGUGCUUUACAGGCAUGUCCGGAUUUGCGCGUUCUGCCCUAUGAUUUCCCAGCAUAUGAAGACGCGAGUCGAAAAUUCUACCGUUCCAUCCUUGCCAUUGACGGAUUAGUGCAGAGCGUGAGUAUUGAUGAAGCGCUUGUGGACAUCAGUACCUUGUGUCUCCAGGCUGGUGGGUCAGAGGGCAAGGGUGUAUCUGAGGGGUCUAUAUACAGGGAGCAAGCGAAAGCGGGUGAAAUCGCGGAGCAACUGCGAGCCUCGGUGAAAAGCGAAACGGGAUGUGCAGUUUCCGUCGGCAUAGGGGGCAAUAUCCUACAGGCGAAGGUUGCGUUACGAAAAGCAAAACCGGCUCGUCAGUUCCAACUGAAACCUGACUCUGUCCUCGACUUUAUAGGGGAAUUACCGGUACAAAACCUUCCAGGUGUGGGCUACAGUAUGAGCACAAAAUUGGAGGAGCUUGGCGUGAAAAUCGUCAAGGAUAUCAGAGACCUCUCCCGCGAAAAACUUUCGUCUACCUUGGGACCGAAGACAGGAGUGAAACUCUGGGAUUACGCACGUGGCAUUGAUCGGGCUGAAGUUGGCAACGAAGUGGCACGAAAAUCGGUGUCUGCUGAAGUUAAUUGGGGUAUCCGUUUUGUUACCCAAGAUCAAGCGGAGGACUUCAUACGGUCUCUCUGCGAGGAACUGCACAGAAGGCUUGUUGAGAACCUAGUGAAAGGCAAGCAACUUACGCUCAAAGUCAUGAGAAGGUCUCUCGACGCUCCAUUAGAGCCUGUGAAGCACCUCGGUCAUGGGAAAUGCGAUGUGUUCAAUAAGAGUGUCAUUCUUGGAGUCGCAUCCAACGCCACAGAUGUGCUUGGAAAAGAGGCAGUUGCCAUGCUCCGAAGCCUCGGGGUUUCACCUGGUGAUCUGAGAGGCCUGGGAGUGCAAAUGACAAGGCUCGAACCUCUCAAAUCAACGUCCGAAAAGCCCGACGGCAGCCAGCAACAGCUGGCAUUCCCAACGUCCCCUGCACGAAAACGCAUGCAACCUGAGGAGGACCCAGACUUGCUAGAUAGCCCUCGCAAGGGCGAAGCAGGGUCUAUACAGCAUGGUCCGUUAUUGAAUGACACUACGCAAAAGCCCCUCAAUAUCUCCGGAACCCAGUUCAUUAUGCCAUCGCAGCCAGAUCCCGCAGUCGUAGCUGAACUCCCGGGCGACAUUCGAUCUAGGCUCAUCGCACAAGGUAAGCCACGAACCGAGUCUCGCAGCGGCUCCCCACCCGCGCCAGCUCCUUGUCCACAGCCAGUCUCCACCCUUCCUCCCCAGUCUCAACUAGACCCUGAAACUCUUGCGGCCUUACCGGAAGACGUUUUGGCGGAGGUAAUGGGCUAUUACAACCGACCAUCUGCGAACAGCACCCAGUCGGCACCAGUCGCGCAGCCACAGCCACCAGCAAGACCUUCCAUAUCAGCACGAACCCUCAAAGUUCGCAAACCCACAUCACCACCUAAGAAACGCCGCGGCCGCCCGCCCAUCAAACCACCCGCUUCCUCAGCCCUAACCCAAUCCAAAUUCGUCUUCCCCAAACCCCAAACGCCUGCCAGCAAUACAGUCUCGCCAGAACCAGAAAGCAAUCCCAUAAUAUCCGCCGAUUUCCUGGCUGCUCUCCCAGAAGACAUUCGCCGUGAAGUCCUCGAGGAGGAAAAGCGUACACGACUACUUAAUCAGCGCGUAGCAAACGCAGCACAGAAUAAACAAGCAACCGCACCAACCCAAGCUCAAGAAAAGCAUAUCCGUCUACCUCCCCUCCCUCCACGACCAACCUUCACAUCCAAGCACCUCUCCGACCCGUCUGACCUCCGCGACGAAGCCACCGCUUGGCACUCGACUUUCGCAGCGGAUGGACCAUUCCAAGAGGAUGUUACUGCGUUAGCGGAGUACCUGAGGCGGGUAAUUGUUGAUGAGCGCGAUGUCGAUAAAGCUGUUUCGCUAGUGAAGUGGCUUAUAUGGCUGGUUGAGGACGAGAAGGGUUGUGAUAGUGAAAGUCCGGGGGCAGGUUCAAGCACAGGGCCCCAGUCCCAGGGCACUGUGUCAUGGGAUGAGGCAUUGUUAUGCUUAAAAGAGGGGAUUCAGGAGGGGUUGCAGGAGCGCGAUAUGCCUGCCGUCGACUUCGAUUGA